UCUUCUGAGAGUUACUACUACAACUGGUCUUCUGAUGGUUCCUACUACAACUGGUCUUCUGAUGGUUACUACUACAACUGGUCUUCUGAUGGUUCCUACUACAACUGGUCUUCUGAUGGUUCCUACUACAACUGGUCUUCUGAGAGUUACUACUACAACUGGUCUUCUGAUGGUUCCUACUACAACUGGUCUUCUGAUGGUUCCUACUACAACUGGUCUUCUGAUGGUUCCUACUACAACUGGUCUUCUGAUGGUUCCUACUACAACUGGUCUUCUGAGAGUUACUACUACAACUGGUCUUCUGAGAGUUACUACUACAACUGGUCUUCUGAUGGUUCCUACUACAACUGGUCUUCUGAUGGUUCCUACUACAACUGGUCUUCUGAUGGUUCCUACUACAACUGGUCUUCUGAUGGUUACUACUACAACUGGUCUUCUGAUGGUUCCUACUACAACUGGUCUUCUGAUGGUUCCUACUACAACUGGUCUUCUGAGAGUUACUACUACAACUGGUCUUCUGAUGGUUCCUACUACAACUGGUCUUCUGAUGGUUCCUACUACAACUAGUCUUCUGAUGGUUCCUAUUACAACUGGUCUUCUGAUGGUUCCUACUACAACUGGUCUUCUGAUGGUUCCUACUACAACUGGUCUUCUGAUGGUUCCUACUACAACUGGUCUUCUGAUGGUUCCUACUACAACUGGUCUUCUGAGAGUUACUACUACAACUGGUCUUCUGAGAGUUACUACUACAACUGGUCUUCUGAUGGUUCCUACUACAACUGGUCUUCUGAUGGUUCCUACUACAACUGGUCUUCUGAUGGUUCCUACUACAACUGGUCUUCUGAGAGUUACUACUACAACUGGUCUUCUGAUGGUUCCUACUACAACUGGUCUUCUGAUGGUUACUACUACAACUGGUCUUCUGAUGGUUCCUACUACAACUGGUCUUCUGAGAGUUACUACUACAACUGGUCUUCUGAUGGUUCCUACUACAACUGGUCUUCUGAUGGUUCCUACUACAACUGGUCUUCUGAGAGUUACUACUACAACUGGUCUUCUGAGAGUUACUACUACAACUGGUCUUCUGAUGGUUACUACUACAACUGGUCUUCUGAUGGUUCCUACUACAACUGGUCUUCUGAUGGUUCCUACUACAACUGGUCUUCUGAUGGUUCCUACUACAACUGGUCUUCUGAUGGUUCCUACUACAACUGGUCUUCUGAUGGUUCCUACUACAACUGGUCUUCUGAGAGUUACUACUACAACUGGUCUUCUGAUGGUUCCUACUACAACUGGUCUUCUGAUGGUUCCUACUACAACUGGUCUUCUGAGAGUUACUACUACAACUGGUCUUCUGAUGGUUCCUACUACAACUGGUCUUCUGAUGGUUCCUACUACAACUGGUCUUCUGAGAGUUACUACUACAACUGGUCUUCUGAGAGUUACUACUACAACUGGUCUUCUGAUGGUUCCUACUACAACUGGUCUUCUGAUGGUUCCUACUACAACUGGUCUUCUGAUGGUUCCUACUACAACUGGUCUUCUGAUGGUUCCUACUACAACUGGUCUUCUGAGAGUUACUACUACAACUGGUCUUCUGAGAGUUACUACUACAACUGGUCUUCUGAUGGUUCCUACUACAACUGGUCUUCUGAUGGUUCCUACUACAACUGGUCUUCUGAUGGUUUCCUACUACAACUGGUCUUCUGAGAGUUACUACUACAACUGGUCUUCUGAUGGUUCCUACUACAACUGGUCUUCUGAUGGUUACUACUACAACUGGUCUUCUGAUGGUUCCUACUACAACUGGUCUUCUGAGAGUUACUACUACAACUGGUCUUCUGAUGGUUCCUACUACAACUGGUCUUCUGAUGGUUCCUACUACAACUGGUCUUCUGAGAGUUACUACUACAACUGGUCUUCUGAGAGUUACUACUACAACUGGUCUUCUGAUGGUUCCUACUACAACUGGUCUUCUGAUGGUUCCUACUACAACUGGUCUUCUGAUGGUUCCUACUACAACUGGUCUUCUGAUGGUUCCUACUACAACUGGUCUUCUGAGAGUUACUACUACAACUGGUCUUCUGAUGGUUCCUACUACAACUGGUCUUCUGAUGGUUCCUACUACAACUGGUCUUCUGAUGGUUCCUACUACAACUGGUCUUCUGAUGGUUCCUACUACAACUGGUCUUCUGAUGGUUCCUACUACAACUUUUCUUCUGAUGGUUCCUACUACAACUGGUCUUCUGAUGGUUCCUACUACAACUGGUCUUCUGAUGGUUCCUACUACAACUGGUCUUCUGAUGGUUCCUACUACAACUGGUCUUCUGAUGGUUCCUACUACAACUGGUCUUCUGAGAGUUACUACUACAACUGGUCUUCUGAGCAG